AUGUCCUCUGCACUGCACGGCUUCACCAUCUGUGCCACAGGCAAGUUCCCAGUCACUCGCUCAGCGCUCUCCAAGACGCUCGAAGCGCACGGGGCGACGGUGGCCAGCUCGGUGACCAAGAAGGUGACGCAUCUGCUGGCCGAGGGCGACAACUCGUCGGCAAAGUACAAGAAGGCUGUGGCUAAUGGCGUGACGAUUGUGGAUCUGGCGUGGCUGGAGGCGGCGAUCGGCCCGCUGGCGGGAGGCGGCAGCGGCAGCGGCGGGGCGCAGCCGUCGCGUCCGGGAGUGGUCACCCGGCGGUCGACCCGGAAGCGCAAGGCGGCGGCGGGUGCGGCGGCAGCGGAUGACGAUGACGAUGACGAGGACGCGGCUGUUGGUAAGCCGCUGGCUGGCAAGGUGGUGUGCGUCUCGGGAACGAUCUCGCUCGGCAAGCGGGCCGAGGUGGCCAAGAUGCUCGAGGAUCUCGGGGCGACGGUCUCGGGGUCGGUGACCAAGGCGACAACGGACUUGCUCUCGGACGGCAACACCGGGAGCUCCAAGUACACCAAGGCGGUUGCGAAGAGCAUUCCAAUCCACGACGAGGCGUGGCUGGCGGCGCUUGUGAACGGUAGCGGGAGCGGGAGCGGAGGCAGCGCAACAAGCUCGGUGGCAAGUACGGCCGGGGCGACGGCGGCAGCCAGCGGUGGGAGCAACAAGAAGCAGAAGACGCUGUCGGGCGCGGCGGCGACGCUGCCUGUGGACGACGCGUGCCAGCUGCAGGGCGCACAGGUUGUGGAAAACUACUCGUGCAUGCUCAACCAGACCGACAUCCGGCGCAACGCCAACAAGUUCUACCGCAUCCAGGUGCUCUCGACGCCUGGCCCGGUCUACCAUCUGUACACGCACUGGGGCCGCGUCGGCGCGCGUGGACAGGACAAGACCCAGCGGUGCUCGUCGCUUGCGGACGCCAUCACGGGCUUCAAGAAGAAGUUCUCCGCCAAGACGCUCAACUCGUGGGACAACCGGGCGUCGUUUGUCCAGCGGCCGGGCAAGUACCAGCUGAUCGGCCUUUCGCACGGCGAGUCUGACGACGACGAGUCUGACGACGACGAGUCUGACGAGGGGACCGGCGGUGGUGAAGAGACCGGCGGAGCCGGAGCGAGUGGAGGCGCCGCAGGCAACGACGGCGGCUCUGACGACUACCUCUUCUCUGGGCGGCUCAAGUCGGGCGAGCUGCUGUACAUCAUUGAGAACGACAUCUGCGAGGUGGAGGCCGACUGCGUGGUGCAUCCGACGGCGUCGCACAUCUCGACGGGCGGGCAGGUCGGGCGGGUGCUUGCGCUCGCCGGCGGAGCCGGGUUCCGCAAGGCCAUCAGCGACUUCUCGGGCAGCAUCCCGGUCAACGGGGCUGUCAUCACGAGCGCCGGCGACCUGCCUGCCUCGCACGUGGUGCACGUCAACUCGCCGUCGUUCAACGGGCGUGCGGCCAAGGCGUCGUACGCCGCGCUGGCCAAGACCAUCCACGCUGCGCUGGAGACGGCGUCGGACGCCGGGCUCGUCUCGAUUGCCUUUCCGUCGAUCGGCUCGGGCGUCAACGGGUUUCCCAAGGACGGUGCCGCGCGGGUCAUCCUCUCGGCCAUCGGCGAGUGGUUUUCGGCUGUCGAGGCCGACGGCGAGGAGACCUCGCUCGACGAGGUCAUCUUUGUGCUGUACGACCCAGCGUCGAUGGCGUGCUACCGCAACCAAUUCCAGGAGAUCUCGUCGGGACUCAUGGGCCACCUAGAGUGAGUUCCCAACGCAAUGAUGGCC